AUGCCACCCCUGGUACCCCUGCGCACCGGCCUCAUUGGGCCUCAACGGGCCCCUCGGGAAGUCGUCCACCGUGACGAGGACGAGGAGGAGGCCCACCAGAGCGACGACGCUGGAUUCCACCCAGCACCCUUAAGGGGCAUGCCGCUCCAGGCACUCCUGCGCAUCGGCCACAUCGGGCCGCCGGCGCUUCCUCUGGAAGUUGCCCGUGACAACGGCAAUGACGAGGAGGAAGUGCCCCUAGACCACAGCUUCGGACCCCUGCGGGUCAACCUCACCCCGCCCCAACGACGCGAGACUCCACCAGGGGAUCGCGUACCCGCUGUCGACAGGAGGAGGAGGCGCACCACACCGCCUCACCCCAGCACCCGCCGGACUACGCCAUAUAUGGGCGAGGUGGAAGCCGCCCUGGUCGAGUGCUUCGGGGAAAUACCGGAAGGCCUCGACGAUUGGGGGGACACCGGCGACAACACGCCGUCAACCAUCUCGGCCGACGAGGACGAGGUCAGCCUGGAUAGCAGCCAGCCAGAGGCCUCGCGACCGUCGUCCCCGCGUCGGACUCCGCCCCACGCCACCGGACCCACUGAUGAUGAGUCGGCAUCGACCAUCUCAGCCGAGGAGAACGAGACCAGCCGGGACAGCGGCAGGACCCAUGUCUCCUGGUCGCCACCCCCGCGUUGGACCUCGCCCAGCGUCGCUCAAGCCGGACCAUCGCCACGGCAAAGCUGGACGCCACUCACGGCCCAGCCCAGGUCCCCUCCGCCCUCCUACGAGGACAUAUUUGGCCCGGGGCCUUUUACCGGCCCGCACACCCCCGCUCGCUGCGCCGCCGUCAUCUCAAGGCACGACCCUCGGCCUCGGCUGCCCACCAUUGCUGAAUUGGCCGCAGAGCAGGCGCGUCGAAAAGCGGAGGACCUCCGAGAAGAACUCGGCAUCCCACCGGCUGUCCCACCACCCGCGAAUGGUCAGCCACCACCGACCCCACGCCGCCGAGCACGGCGCCGAAACGCACCAUGGGCAGACGGCCCGCCCAGCUCAUCCGACGAAUCGUCGUUGGACACCGUCGAAGAUACCACCAACCCUCCCCGCUGGGUACCGGCUCCAGCAGAGAGGACCACGCCCAACAGCAGAUUGCCGGCCGCCUUGCUCCGCCGGAUUCAAGGGCGGCUGGCAAUACCAAGGCGACGGACGACCCGGAUCUUGGAGGAGGAGGCAAGUCAACGCUUCCGCGUCCAAAUAAAUCGAAAUGGGAAAGUCAUCGUCACUCUCCAGCCCUCCCGAAGAUGGGAUGGGGUGUGA